AAAGUAAAAAUUGUAAAAUGUAAAGUAGAGUAGUAGAUAAAGUGUAAAAAAUAUAUUUUCUUUUUGAAGUAAGGGGCACCUGAUAGUCGAGUCACUCCACUUGAGGUUCUCUUCUGCUUUCUAUUCAGACAUAGAUAGUUUUAUUGUCUUUGGAAGAUUCUUUAGAUUGAGAUAGUCAUUAUUUACAUUGGCGAUGACCAGAACAAUAACAGGCUUUGUGUUGUAUCUAAGCUCUUUCCUAGUCGUAAUUGUUAUACACAAUAGUUGUAUAACACUUAAAAAUCAAUCUUUUGUUGGUAUGGUGCCAAGUAUUUAAUAUUUGUUAUUUUCAGAAGUUCCAUCUGCUGCUUUGCUCGCUAAUAACCAAUUGGAUUUUCUUCGGCCAUUUUGAAUGUCAUCUAAAUUGUAAUAUUAUAAUAAUAAUAUUUUAUUAUACGUCGUUAGGACUACUUCUACCCUUCUUAGUUAGUUUUCAUACCAUUAAAAAAAACAUAUCAUUAACAAUUUAAUUAACAAUUAUUCUUUAUGCAAGUGGGAGCACGACUUCCUUUCUUUCAAAAUGUUGUAUUUUUCAAGACACUUUGAAGGAUAUUGAUGCCAAAAGAAGUGUGAUGUACUUUUAGCCUUUAAAACUGAAUUGAGUGGCGAUUCAAAUUUGCCCAGACUCAACUUAAAUUCUUGCUCUUAUCAAGAAGCAAAACUGCAGUAAUUGAGAAAUGUUUUACAAAUUUCAAAGUGUAAACAUUUAUUUUUUAUAAUUUAUACAUGUUCAACUCAGUAUAAAGACAAAUAUGUAGGAAUGUUAUCUUUUCCCAAAAUUAUAUCAGCUAAUGCUUCGGUUGAUGACAAAUAAUGCUGAAGUGCAUUAGGGAUUUUCCUUAUUGUCAUGACUUAGCCGAGAAAGUAAUGGUCUUUUCCACACCAUCUAAGGCCAAAGCCAAGCCAGGGAAACUAGCAAGAUUCUAAAGCAAUCCAACCGAGUUAAAGAUCCCUGCGAAAUCUUGUCCGAAGUCGAAAGGGUGCUAGGGACACCGAAGACCAUGUACCCUUUUACUCAACAAGAGUGUAAUGACAUUUAAAUUCAUGAUAAAAUGGUCACUCAUGGGCUUCAAUUUGUAAGCUACAAAAAUAUUUUCCAACUCGACUUCAGCCGAACUUGCAUGACUUUCGAAUAGUAUCUCAUACUUAUUUAUCACCGCUGGUAAAGUAUGUUUAUAAGUUGAAGUUUUUAAAAAAAAUACACUAUUUUAGCGUUGGCGGCGGCGUGAAGAGGUCGUGCUUUUUUUCUUAUUUUCGAAGUCAGUGAUCCUCCGAGUCCUGCAAAAUGUUGAAAACAGUGUGCCUCAUACCGCUUAAAACUUACGGGUUAAUUACUAGUGGCUUUUGCGGAUUUGUAUCCCUCCUAGGAACACUUUUGUUUUUGGGGGUCAUCCUCUCAGGCGCUGUCGAUAUAGUUCUUGGUUUGCUGAACCCUAUUACGUCGGUGUGCACUGGCUUCUCCUACAUAGCCGUCUUCGAGGCGGAAUGCAGUUUAAUCAAUGAUUUCAAAGCCGAAUCUCUUAGAAGUGUCCUGGUUGCAAGUCUUUUCGCUUUUUUGACUGUGUUGGUGGUCAAUGUAGUGGCGUCGGUCAUGCUGGCCAUAGGUACCAUAAAGAAAAACCAUUUCUUCAUGGUUCCCUGGCUGAUAAACAAUGGAUUGUUCCUGGCCGCCUGGAUCGCCCUCUGCAUUGCCAAAUGGAUCUAUCUUGUUGUGCACUACCAAGUUCCGUUGAUAGUUCUCCUGAUAAUCUUUGUUUUCCAUGCGGGUAUAACUGUUCUCAACUGCUACCUUUACUAUGGUAUUUAUUCACUUUUCAAGAAGACCCGAGGACUCAGAAACGCCCCGGCUUGUGUCGUCUUUAGACCUAAUCCCAAAUUUGAUUUGGAAUUUAGGAAUAUUAGUGGAGCCGUCAAGUAAGGACACUGCCUGUGGUUUUUAAAAUAUAUUGUACAUUUUUUUGUAAUCUAAUAAAAUGUCAUUAACUACGGUGUGAUUUAAAGAAACAGAUAUGUGUAGAAAAUCAAUCCGAAAAGUCUGUAGUGAAAUGGACCAAACUUAAAGUUAUUGC